AUGAUAGCAAAUCUUGAAUCUGAAGCAAAAGCUUUAUUUUUGCGAACAAAAAAUAAUACUCUCGCAUUGUAUACAGAAUUAGUAUCUGCUGUAUGUGGUAUCUCCAAAGCUGAUAAAAAAAUACCAGCACUAAUUAAAAAAGUUGGUAGCUGUUUUGAUGACUAUUGUUAUUAUCUUCUUGCAAAGCUUCGAAAGAGAGCUGAUGAGUGUUUGAUUCAAUUUGAAACAGCCUGCCUUCACCAUAAUAAAAAAAUAUGGAACGCCUUGGGUGAUUUUGUCUGUGAAGCAAGUAAGAAAAUUAUUACUUCAAAAUUAGAGGAAACUGAUAUAAAAAUAGCACUUUGUAGUUGUGAUGCAAUUAUAGUUGACUUGCAAAUUCCAACUGUACUUGGUGUUGUCACUCGAUUGUCAGUUCAAGAUUUAUUAAAAUGUAAAACUAGUCGACAAAGAA